CGUUGUCCCUACCUUUCACACGGAUGUGGACCAAAAAAAAAACCCACAUGUGGAGGAAAACAUUAUCGUGUCCUCUCUAAAUCUAACAUGGAAUUAAACGUAAAGACAACGAGCUCGCAGGCGUUGCUGUCGUGUGGUAACGGAGGAGGUCUCAGUGAGAAGCUUCUCCUCAAUCCAAAAGCUGGAAGAUCACUGCAGACAGAGAGAGUCCCCAGAAGCAGCGUUCUGGACCGGCUGCAGAGCUUCCUCCCUCAGAUGGCGGAGGCCAACGAGAAGCUGAAAAGACAGAUGGAGGAGGCUCCUGCUGGACGCUUUGACAUAGAGAGUGUGGACGAGGCAGAGAGGGUCAUAGAGAUGGAUGUAGCACUCGUGGAGCUCAAUGAGUCAGGUGACAGCGAGACGUCGGACUCUGAGGAGUCGGACUGCAGCGACGAUGACGGCGAGGUCACAGAGCAGAACUUUAAACUGCCCGGAGACAAAGGCAAGAAAAAGAAAGUCAACAUCCUGGUCCUGGACCAGCAGGGGGAGUAGAUGAGUCAGACAGAGGGACCUUUAGUUUCUUUUCCAUGGGAAACGUUUUGCCAACGAGAUCCUCAGAUGUCAUGUCGGAGUUUCUUUUGUUUCUUUCAAACCUUCUUCACACACAGACAGCGGACAGAACAGCUGCUGCCUGUGGGAGUACAGUGAACACUGAAAUGUGCACACAACCUGCCCAUAGAGCCAGAACAAAUGCUGGGAGUCUGCCCUGUGACCACGAUGUCUGCAUGCUGUGUUGUCUCCUCGUCCUCUGCUUCAUGAACGUGAACACAUCCUUGCAUCAGUUUGGGCUUCAAACCGUUCCCUUCAGCUCUCUGCUGAAGCAGGAAGUGAAUUGUGAGUACAGAUGGAUGAAUGAUCCUGGAUCCCAUUGCAGAUGCUGGCACUUGAACUGUGCAGCAUAUAGUCUUUGUCUCCGUGGAUGCAGCAUCUGUCAUUGGACAGUUUUACACCACAUGAGGCGCCUGUUUCUUCUUUGUGUUUGUGGAUACAGCAGGCUCACUGACAGCACUCGCCUGAGCAACAUACUGUACCCUCAUCAUGUACCCAGUGUGACAAACAAUGCUUAAAGUGCACAGCAUAAAGCGCUCUCAGCUUUUAGAAUCCGAGCCUCUGUGUAUAUUUGUUGUUUUCACUUCUGUUAAGAAUUAUAUUUAUAUUUUCCACAGAUUCUCUCCUUUUUUGAAACAAGGCUGUGAAUGUGAUUUUGAACCAACUGAAUAAAGUUUAAUGACAUUGAA